UCUCUACACCAAUGCGGGGAGACUCAACGGUCCGUCCCAUUUGCACCAAUUUCUCCCGCGUUUCGUUACAUCUCUGUUCAACAAAAUUUCCCCCAAUUAAAAAAAAAAAAUAGAAACCCUAAAUUCCCAAAUUUGGUCGCAAGGCGGCGCCCUCCUAUCUCUUUGCCCCAUUUGAGUUGGACCGGCCUAAGAGGGAGAAACCUAAGAAAUCUCUCUGGUUUCUUCACGUUUCUCCCAAAAAAAUCGAACCGUUAUGUUCUAAUUAUUCAGCUGGCGUUUUCAUUUGAAUUUAUCCGCUAUCUGGAGAAAAUCCCAAUUUGGUUCAAAUUUUUCCGAAGGGUAAUGUUCUCAUGAUCCCGAAGAUUGGAACUUUUUGGUGAAAUGAAUAGGAGGGCUGAUUCGAGAGAUGAUGGGUUUGAAAAUAAGUGGAUUUUUGGGGCUAUUUAUGAUGUUAUUGCAUUUGGCGACCUUGAGAGUUUUGGCGGGAAGGCACGGUAUGGAUGUUCGUUCGUUCUUGGGAUCGAAUUUUGAUGAGCAGACGGUAAUAAGGUGGAGAAAAUGUGGCUAGAUUGUGGUGUUGAUUUAGUUCCUAUCAAAGAAGAAGUACAAAAAUCUGCUUCUUGCCUUUCACAGGAAACACUUUCUGAUUCCACUGAGGACAGCCUAAGAACAGAAUUACUUGCGAAGGAGAGCAUACAAGAAGCCCUCAAUCUUCUGCCACCUGAAGUUAAUAGUAGCUUUAUCGAUUGUUUGAUCAGGCAAAACUUCCCCCUUCCUAAUUCAUCAGAAGAAAGCCUGAGAAUUUGGUUUCAUAGUUAUCUUGAGUCAUUACUCGGUGAGCUCCGUUCUUCAAGUAGAGAUUUAGCUGCCCAGCCUUCUGAUGAUCAACCUCCUAAUAGAAGAGUUACCCUACAAAAAUCUGAUGAUACUAGUGAAACUCAACUUCCAGCUCCUCCGCAAGGCAACAAUAAUAAUGCAGUUAUAAUCGCUGUUGCUCUAACUGCAGCAGUUACUGCUGUAACCGUCACCCUUGUAUUUAUCUGCUAUUUUAGAUGGCAAAGUCAGACGUAUUACACUGGAGGAUAUUCAAUGAGGGACGACAGGCCACUUCUGAGUCUGAGUCUAAGCUUCUCUGGUUCUUCACGUAGAUCUGUUAGCACUCCAAACAGUAUAUUAGCCCCACCAAAGCCUCUUAAAACUGAUCCAAGCCAAAGUAUUCACGUUUCAUGCUCGGAUGAUUCAGCUGAGCUUGAGUCUGUAAAUCCAGAAAAGUUCGAUUUUUCAAGUUCCCUUUCUUCAGAUUCCGCUUCUUUAAAUUCCGCCUCUUCAAAUUCCAAUUCUUCAAGUUCUGAUUCUUCAAAUUUGAGUUCUUCUCCUGAACCAAGUAGCAUAACUAAAGAAACUCCUGCACCUAAACGACGACCACCUCCUCCUCCUCCUUCAGCGCCUCCUCCUGUGAGAAAACCUGCUAAUCCUCCAGCGGGCCCACCACCACCACCUCCACCAAAGGCCCAAUCAGGUCCUCCACCUCCACCACCACCAAAGGGUGCAGCUCCACGACCCCCACCAAAAAUAGGCCCCGCAAGACCUGGUAAGGGCCCACCGCUUGCCCCAAAGGCCCUCGGAGGAGCAACUACAGACAAUGCAAAUGCUACAAAAACAAAGCUUAAGCCAUUCUUUUGGGACAAGGUUCAGGGAAAACCUGAUCAGGAUAUGGUCUGGGAUCAGCUAAAAGCUGGUUCAUUUCAGUUUAAUGAGGAGAUGAUUGAAAGCCUAUUUGGUUACACUGAUAACAAAGGAGGGGAAAAGAUUAUGUCAAACAAGGAUGCUGCUGCACCUGUUAGGAUUCUUGAUCCUAAAAAGUCGCAGAACUUGGCUAUUUCUUUGAAGGCGAUGAGUGUGAGAUCAGAGGAGGUUCGUGAUGCGCUUAUGGAGGGGAAUGAGCUUCCAGCAGAGUUACUCCAUAUAUUAUUGAAAAUGGCACCUACAACUGAAGAAGAACUGAAGAUUCGGGCAUUUAAUGAGCCAUCUCAGCUUGGCCCUGCAGAACAAUUUAUAAGAGCCAUAGUGGACAUUCCGUUUGCUUAUCCACGAAUGGAAGCUUUGCUUUUUAUGAGUUCUCUGCCAGAGGAAGCCUCAAGUAUUUCGCAGUCCUUUUCAACUCUAGAGAUAGCAUGCAAGGAGUUAAGAAGUAGCCGGCUUUUUUUAAAGCUAUUAGAAGCUGUUCUCAAAACAGGCAAUCGUAUGAAUGAUGGUACAUAUCGUGGAGGUGCACAAGCAUUUAAGCUUGAUACAUUACUAAAGCUGGCAGAUGUUAAAGGAACCGACGGAAAAACAACACUUUUGCACUUUGUCGUCCUAGAAAUUAUCCGGGCAGAAGGUGUUCGUGCUGUCCGUGCAGCCCGAGAAAGUCAAUGCAGCUUUUCUAGCAUAACCUCUGAAGAUCUUUUUGAAGACCUCCCUAGUGAUUCUGGAGAUAAUUAUCGUAGCCUUGGCCUUAAAGUCGUCUCAGGCUUAAGCGGUGAGCUUGAGAAUGUCAAAAAAGCUGCAUGUUUGGAUGCUGAUCAAUUAACACACACAGUGGCAAGUCUUGGUGAGAGACUUUUAAGGACAAGAGAGUUUCUCAAGACUAAAAUGGAGAAUUGUCACGACGAGCACCAGUUUGCUCAGUCGCUUAGAGGUUUUGUGGAACAUGCUGAGGCUGAUGUAACUUCUUUACUAGAGAAAGAGAGAACGGUGAGAUUGUUGGUGAAGGAAACUACUGACUAUUUUCAUGGGAAUUCUGGGAAGGAUGAGGGGUUAAGGCUGUUUGUUAUUGUUAGGGAUUUUCUGGCUAUGAUAGAUAAAAUAUGCAGAGAAGUGAAGUUAUUGCCGAAGCCAGCAUCAAAAGAUUCAAAACCACAGAGAAGUAAAGAAAAUCCAGCAACGUCGCCAGCAAUGUCGCCUGCUAGAGAUCCACGGCAGCUUCUUUUCCCUGCAAUCAAGGAUAGGCGAAUGGAUGAUUCGGGUUCUGAUGAUGAUGACGACUAGUGAAAAUUAGCUUGAAGAGGUAAACUAAAUGAUUCCUGCAGCUUUCCAUCAGCCUGUGGUCGCCUUUAUUUGGAACUGUGAUAUAUGGCAUCAAAGACCAAUCUUGCGCUACUUUUGCGCAUCAUUGUCAAUAUAUUUGCUUGUUUAUAACCCAAAAGAACUAACGUUUGUGGUUCUUGAUGCCAUGGAAAGAUUGGCACGGGACCAAAUCCAGCAUUUUUGGUGGAGUAUUCAGAAAGGGAACAAUUGUUGGCUGAGAGAUCUAACGUUGUCAACAGUGGGGUCUUAUUACCCAUUUUGUUAAUACUCUUUUUCUUAGAGUGACUCCAUUUUGUGAAUGAAGUGUUAGAUUGGUUGAUUUAUUGUACAAACGCGUUCCAUUUUUGUGAGGAAAAUGUGUAUUAUGCUUUCA